UCCCAUAAAAAUGAUGGAUAAAAACAAUUUGAUUUAUAAAAUAUCUUGUGCUGACUGUCCAACUAAAUAUGUGGGGCAAACGUCCAGAUCACUCAAAAUAAGAGUGAAUGAACAUAAACGCCUAACUAAAGGUCAACCAACAGGGACACAAGCCUACAAAAAUCUUGAAAAAAAUUCAUCCAUAGCUGCACAUGCAUGGGACAAAAACCACAAUAUCGAUUGGGACAAUGUAUGUAUUCUAAAAACAAACAUGAACAAAUGGAAAGAAAGACUCAUAACAGAAUCGAUAUUCAUUAAAGUCACACCGGAUACAUGUAACAAAGGUGACUCAGUACAACUAUCAACAACUUGGAAUAUAAUUCUAAAUACAAACACAUGAAUGAAUGUAGAGUAUAAUUCUGAACACACAUAUGCACACACAAAACAUGAAUGAACUUGGGAUAUAAUUCUAAAUACAAACACAUGAAUGAAUGUGGAGUAUAAUUCUGAACACACAUAUGCACACACAAAACAUGAAUGAACAAAAUAAUAAUAAUGAACUAUAUAUGUGAAUACAAAUCAUAAAUGUGUGAAUAAAACAAUUCCAACAGUGGUGUGAACACGGGCAGUAAUUUUGCUCGAAAUAUUACCAAUAACAAAACUUAUCAUUGUGUGUAAACUAUUCAAAUAUAAUUAUACUUUAUUUAAUCUCAUCCACAAUGCUCAAACUUUUUACUGAUAUUAAUUCAAC